UCCCUGUCUGCGGCGGCGGCGGCAGCGGCAGUAGCGGGCCCCCCCUGUUCGCCGAGCGAGGAGGCCGCGCGCGCGGGGGGAGGGGCCGGGAGCAGCGAGUUCUUUGAGGCUCCACUCAGUGUUAUGGACUAAACAUCUGCCCCGUUGCAUUGGAAAGAAGUCUGCCGCGUUUACAGACACACGUCGUCUUUCGUUGCUAUCGAGCCCAAAACAAAUCAUCCAUAACAGCGUGUGUAUAACUCAUGAACUCUGAGAUGAGGACAUAGAUCUGAAGAACUCUGUCAUCCCCAGCCCACUUGGUAUCUUCUGCCCCACUGCCAUUUUGGCUUCAAAGUGUGCAGUGUUCAUGGUUUAAAUGAGUCAUAAUGGAUCAGGAAAGUGGGGGUGACAUCCAGAAAGCCCCCAACUUCCAGUGGAGAAGCUACAAGCUCGUCAUUGACCCGGCGCUGCGGCGGGCCCCGCAGAAAGUCUACCGCUACGAUGGAGUCCACUUCAGCGCCCCUGAUUCAGGAUAUCCUCCUGUGGGUGACGUUCGAGACCCCCGGCCACGCAGGAUAUGGUCCAAGCACAGAGACCUGUCGCUCCCUGUUCCUAAGUUCAAGCUGGACGAGUUCUACAUCGGGCAGAUCCCGCUGAAGGAGGUGACUUUUGCCCGGCUGAAUGACAACAUCAAGGAGCCCUUCUUGGCCGAGAUGUGCAAGAAGUACGGGGAGAUCGAGGAGAUCGAGAUUCUCUACAACCCCAAGAACCGCAAGCACCUAGGCCUGGCCAAGGUGCUAUUCACCAGCACGCGCGGAGCCAAGGAGACUGUCAAGAACCUGCAUAACACCACAGUCAUGGGCAACAUCAUCCACGCCCAGCUGGACAUCAAAGGACAGCAGCGGAUGAAGUACUAUGAGCUGAUCGUCAACGGCUCCUACACCCCUCAGACUGUUCCCACCGGGGGCAAAUCUCUGAACGAGAAAUUCCCAGCGCCUGUGGCCCAGGCUGAGACGUCAGAGUCCCGACGGCGCCAGUCCACUGACUCCUCCUACUCAGGCAGCACUGUGGGUUCAACGCCUGGCAAUGGGACCCCUUGCUCUCAGGACACCCCAUACUCCAGUGCUCGCCAGGAUACCCCCUCGUUCUAUGGUCAGUUUACCCCGCAGUCGUCCCAGGGGACCCCGCACACCCCCCGAGGAGGAACACCGUAUUCCCAAGACUCGGCCUACUCCAGCAGGCAAGGCACGCCCAGCUACUCCAGCUAUCACCCGGAGCCGACCUCCUACAAGUCCCGCAGGCAUGAGAACAGCUACCCGGAGUCGUACUCCCGCCGGCACUACUCUUCCUCCUCCUCCUCCUCUUCCUCCACGGCUGCCGCUGCCACGGCCACCUCCUCCUCGCACUUCCGCCCCAAUGACCCCCACUACUCACCCUACAACCAGCAGUUCGAGGGGGCAGGCGGGCGCUACCAGCGCCGCCACUCCUCUGAGGGACGCUCUUCCUCCCACCACGCCUCCUCUUCCUCCGCCCACCGCUCCCACCAAAGAGAGGACUCCAGUUACCACUCUCGGCACCGGGAGCGCCCCCAGCGGGACGAUCCCACCCCUGCUCCCUCCUCCUCGUCCUCUUCCUCCUCCUCUUCCUCUUCUUCCUCCUCCUCCUCUUCCUCUUCCUCCUCCUCCUCCUCUGCUUCCACCACGGCAGCGUCUUACCCUGUGGCCCCAGCCACGCCGGAUGGGACCCUCUUCCAGAACAGCCACAGCUUUGGCCAGCAAGGGGAGCCCUUUGCAGCCCCCGGUGCCAUCUACCCUCCCUACCCGGCCCCCCCAGAGCCCUUCCCGCUACCCCCGGAGCCACACCCCUGUGAUCAGGAUUACCGGCUGCUGCCCACGGCCGAGACCUUCGCUGCCAACUCCCUGCCCCCCACGGAAUUUCUGGCUCAGGAAAGCAAGGAAGAGCCCAGCCCCACAGCUGCCAGCACCGAAGAUCAGGCCCAAUCGCCGGCCCCCCAGGCCUCACCGGCCCGUGUGGGCUCCCCAGCGCCAGAGACCACCAAUGAGAGCGUCCCGUUUGCCCAGCACAGCAGCCUGGACUCGCGCAUUGAGAUGCUGCUGAAGGAGCAAAGAUCCAAGUUCUCCUUCCUCAAUUCAGACACGGAGGAAGAGGAGGAGGAAGGGGGCAAGGCGGGGGCCAAGGGGGCAGAACCGCAUGGGCCCUGCACCCCGCCCCCACCUCUGCCCAUCAGCUUUGAGGAUGUGGUGCCAGCUCCGGACGCCGGGGUAGAGUCGCCCAAGGCCAACGGGCAGGACAGGGCCUCCCAGCAGUCAUCGGGCGAGGACAUGGAGAUCUCGGAGGAGGAGGCAGAGGAUGAACCCACGGGGUUGGCGCCGGCCGAUCCACACUUCCCGGUGUUGCCUGCAGGCCUUGCCCACCUCCCGCUGGGUGUCUCGGCCUUCGCCCACCCGCCAGAGCCACCCUCUACCUACCCACUGCAGCCCCUCAUGUCAGUGUCACUGCCCCACCUGACAGGCGAGGCCGACUACUCCCAGGCCCCGCCACCCCACCACCUGCAGGCGCCGGGCCUCCCGGACUAUGGUGCGCAGGCAGGCGCAGCGGGCACAGGACCUGGGGCGGCUGCUCCUCCCCACAUCUAUGACUUCGUUAAUUCCCUGGAGCUGAUGAACCGGCUGGGCAACCAGUGGGGUGGGAUGCCCAUGUCCUUCCAGAUGCAGACCCAGAUGCUGAGCCGGCUGCACCAGCUGCGCCAGGGCAAGGGGCAGUAUGAAGAGCCCUUCCCCUACCAUCAGGAGGCAGCGUUCGCCAGCCACCCACUCUACGGGCACUACCUGCUGGAUCAGGACAGCCGCCACUUCCCGAGAGACCAGCUUUUCCUGCAGCAGCCGGCCAGCACCGAGGAGCCGCCGCCCGGCUCGGAGCAGCCCCUGCCUCCACCGCCCCCCUCACAACCGCAGCGGCUGCUGGACUACCGGGCAGCGACGUGGGGCUACCAGGAGGAGGCGCCCUGCGACCCACAUGCCUCCACUGUGGACAGCGUCCUGGCCACCCUUACGCAGGAGAUGAAGAGCAUCAUGCAGCGUGACCUCAACCGCAAGAUGGUGGAGAAUGUGGCCUUCAGCACCUUCGACAAGUGGUGGGAGCGCAAGGAGCAGAAGGCCAAGCCCUUCCAGAACGCGGCCAAGCAGCAGGCCAAGGAGGAGGAGAAGGAGAAAACCAAACUCAAAGAUCCGGCCCUGCUGUCCUUGGUCGACUGGGCCAAGAGCGGUGGCACUGUGAGCCUCGAGGGCUUCAGCUUCGGAACCGGCCUCCGUGGGGCACUCAGGCUCCCGUCCUUCAAGGUGAAGAGGAAAGAGCCUUCUGAGAUCUCGGAGAGCAGCGAAGAGGUGCGACCCCGGCCUUCCACUCCCGCAGAGGAGGAGGAGGAUGACAAGGAGGCUGCCCAAGGACCAAAGGGAUCCAAGCGGGACGAAGAGUGGAUCAAGACACCGGGCAAGCGUCGGAAACUCUUCUGUCUGGACAGCGAGGGGGAAGAGACCUCUGAAGAGUCAUCCUCGGAGAAGGAGGAGGAAGAGGAUGAGCAGGAGGAAGAGGAGGAGGAAGAGGAGGAUGCAGCACACAGCGACAAGGAAGAGGAAUCAGAAGAAGCAGCAGAGAGCGAGGACUCCUCUGUAUACUCCCUCUACGAGGAAUCGGACGAGGACAGCGACAGCACUUCGGACUCUGAGAGCAGCUCGUCCUCUUCCUCCUCCUCCUCGGACGAAGCUGAGAGCGUAGAGGGGACAGCUGAGGACACCAUGGACGAGUCCACCAUGGACAGCUGCCCCGUGGAGCCAGCAGGGAAGGAGAGCAAAGUAGAGGCCUUGGCGGGCAUGGAACUGGAGAAGGUCAAAGAGGCCACACUAGAGCCCACAGCGGAGCAGAAAGCCGCCCCCCAAGAGGAGCGUGAGGCUGAGCUGGCUCCCCGCCCCUCCUCGCCCAUCCCCCUCCUGCCACCUCCCAAGAAGCGCCGGAAAACAGUCUCCUUCUCAGCCUCCGGCGAGGAGGAGGUGGCCAAGGUGGGGGCAGAGAAGGUGGCCGAAGCAGCCCCAUCCCCACUGCCCCUUCCUCCCCCGCCCCCGCCCCCUGCCGAGGAGCUAGCGCCUCCUGCAGUAGUGCCUGUGGAACCUGCCUCGCCGAUGCCCCAAGUGCCCUUAGCGCAGGACACCCCCCGCCCUGCCACGCCGCCCCCUGCCCCCAAGCCUCCUGUCAGUGGGGGGCGUAAGCGGGAGCCCCCCAAAGCCAGCCAAAGAACCAUCAGCAACCUGCCGGCCGACCACGCUUCGCUGGUGAAGUGCUGGGCUGAGGAGCCGCCUGCUGGCAGCGGACGCCGUCGCUCCCGUUCCCGCUCCUCAGAGCCCCCACGCCCUCUAGCCAGCGGGGAGGCCGAGCGGCUGCGGCUACGAGAACAGCUGGGCGCUUCGUCCCUCCUGGAGCUGGCAAACCAGCCCGAGGCGGGUGGCGUGGACCUAGCCGUGCUGGCAGACAUCGCCCUGAAGAUGCCCAUUGGCCGCGCCAAAGAGGAGGCCGAGGAUUCGGAGGGCACGGAGACGUCAGAUGAGGCAGAAGAGCAGUCACCCCCCCGUGCUCUGCCUGCACCCCGAGACAACAGCAUCCUCCUGGAGCACAACUAUGCCAUGGCUGUGAGAGCGACGCCGCCAGCUCCCCGGAGAGCAGCCAAGGCCGAGGAGGAGGCCCCGGGCCCAGCUGAGGUGCUGCGGGUGGAUCUCUUUGGCGGGCACGUUGGGGAGGUGCUGGAGGCGCCGGAGGAGGUGGUGGCUGAGGCCAGCGAGGCCAAGGCUGAGCCAGAGGUGGGCGCCCUCCUGGCACUGGCUGGGGAGGAGCGGGCCAGGAGGAAUCGACACCGAGACAAAGAGGAGGCACCGGACUCCCCGGCCUCGGAGCCCUGCCCCUCAGAGAGUGAAGAGGAGGAGGAGGAGAGCGAGGAUGCUGAUGCUGGCGAGACGCGCCGGCGGACGCUGCGCUCCCACUCGCACAAGCCUUGGCCCCAGCCCCUUCUCUCCUUUGAGACCCGCAGCGAGUUCGAGCAGAUGACCAUCCUCUACGACAUCUGGAACUCGGGCCUGGACGUGGAGGACAUGCACUAUCUGAAACUCACCUACGAGCGCCUGCUGCAGGAGGAUAACAGCACUGACUGGCUCAACGACACCCACUGGGUGCACCACACCAUCACCAACAUCGCCAACCCCAAGCGGAAGCGGAAGUCGUCGGACCUGCGGGAGCACCAGACUGGCUGUGCCCGCAGCGAAGGCUACUACCCCAUCAGCAAAAAGGAGAAGGACAAAUAUCUCGAUGUGUGUCCUGUGACGGCACAGGAGCUGGAGGUGAUGGACACCCAGGGCACCAACCGCAUCCUGUCAGAGCGGAGGUCGGAGCAGCGGCGCCUGCUCAGUGCCAUCGGCUCCUCCGCCAUCCUGGACAGCGACUUGCUGAAGCUCAAUCAGCUCAAGUUCCGUAAGAAGAAGCUGCGGUUUGGCCGGAGCCGUAUCCACGAGUGGGGCCUGUUCGCCAUGGAGCCGAUCGCAGCAGAUGAGAUGGUGAUUGAGUAUGUGGGGCAGAACAUCCGACAGGUGGUGGCCGACAUGCGGGAGAAGCGUUACGUGCAGGAGGGCAUCGGCAGCAGCUACCUGUUCCGUGUCGACCACGACACCAUCAUUGACGCCACCAAGUGCGGCAACCUGGCCCGCUUCAUCAACCACUGCUGCACGCCCAACUGCUAUGCCAAAGUGAUCACCAUAGAGGCUCAGAAGAAGAUCGUCAUCUAUUCCAAGCAGCCCAUCAGUGUCAACGAGGAGAUCACCUACGACUACAAGUUCCCCAUCGAGGAGAACAAGAUUCCCUGCUUGUGCGGCACAGAGAACUGCCGCGGCACGCUGAACUGAGACGUAUUUAUUGUGUUCCCUGCCCCGUCCUCCGGCGCCUGGUAAUGGGGCCCGCGGCCAGUCGGUUCUCUGCCAGGAUCCGCCCUUCUCCAGGGGAAGCCAGCUCUGGAUUCAGGUUGCCUUUAGUGACCCCCCAGCCCCUUAUUGAUUGGCUCCAGAGUCAGCGUUGGCAACGUUUUGGCAUGAGCUGAUUUGGAAGCAGCUUUGCCCAGGCAAGACUCAUUCCUUCCCCACCCACAACUCCCAGCAUGCAGCUCUGCUUAAGACCAGGGGUGCUUGACCCAAAUACCCAGGAUGCUUUGGGGGCAGAAGAGCAGAGUGCAUGCUGGGAGUGGAGCUGCCCUCUUUCCACCACAGUUGGGAGUUUUGCUUUGCAUUUAUAUUCCCUGCCUCUGAAGAGGAAUUUGGGUCCUUGCCUGCAGGACCCCUCCCUUCUCCCCUGUCCUCCUGCUUAAUGGACACCUGUCGCCACCCAGUUGUCAGGGGAAGGUAGCUGAGCAUGGUGGGAAAUGCUAUGGUCUUGCCAUUGGUGUGACCAUAGUACGCAAGCAGCUGAAAGCGCCGGCAAUGUCUCUAACCACCCAAGGGGUCGGAGUCCAAAGCAUUAGAGCCUGAAGCAGACUCUUCCUGUCCCUCCGUCUGUUUGUCCCUGCUGCUCUUCCCACCUGCACCAGGUAGCUCCUGAGCGCUCUCUGUGGCGGGGCAGGAUCUGUUUAGCAUGGUCGGGUUUUUACUGUUCUGUUCCCUCCCUCAUCAGUUUUGUAACAGGUGCCACUCCUGAUUCACUCCACUAUGAAGACCGCCUCCAUCCUUUGAUUACAGUGCCUCGCAAAGUCCUGCGUCACUUUAACUUUAGUGCCCUGACAUUUCUGUGGAGAAAUCGUUCCCUCUGGACAAAACAAAACGAUACCCAGUCCCCUCUCAAAUAGAACAGAACCAAUCAGAUCACUUCAUCUCCAUAUCCUGCUGCCAAUCAGUGUGCGCCCCUCCCUCCCCCCGACAUAUUAAAAAAUAAAAUACAAACACAAAUAGAUAAUAAUAAAGGGGCUGGAUUCUCCUCUUGCUCACCCCGGUGUCGCUCGGGCAGAGCGUAUCACCAGCGUAAGCCGAGACCAGAAUCAAGACCCCCUGUUAAUUUUUCUUUAGGAGAAGAAAGUUGUGUAUAUAUUCCAGAUGGACUGGCUGUUUCUUGUAGAAACACACAAAAGUAAUUGGUAUGUAAAUAUUCUUUUUGUUAUUUUUUCCCCUCUUCUGACUAAAAAAGAGAAAAAUGGUUGUAAAUAAGCUAUCCUUUUUCCCCUUGCCCCAGUUUAAUUUCCUUCGAUGUGAAGUUUGCUUUGUUAUCCCUGGGGUGAACAGAAAGCCCUUUAUGGAUGGGCACUGGAGAAAAUACAGUUUGUUGAGUUGAUUUUUUUAACGGGAGUCGGUUCUGAAAGAUGGGAAAACAGGAAAUCUGGUUUGUGGAUAUGGAGCCAAUCUUGCCCCAACUUUUGUAGUGUCAUUCGCGAGUCUCAGCCUGAUGCUGGGUGGGAUUAUGACUUUGUUUUCAAAAGAUGAACGCUCCUCCCCGGCGGAUUUUGUCAAGGUGGCUGGACUAUCUGGGGUCCAAUCUAUGAGAUGUUGAUUUGCCUUCAGCUGUGUGUUUUGAUGGGAUUUUGUUUGGGAAGGCAGUUAAAUUUCUAUCCCUGUUUCUGAGCUUUGGACUGGUCUGUGCUAAAGUGUAAAUCACCAAAUCUUCUUUGUUGUUGCAUCUGCCUUUUCGAGGUUUGGAUUUUCCACAUCUACAGUUCCAUCCCCAAAUUCGCUUCUCAUUUAGUUUUGCGUUCACCUCAGAUUAUCCGUGUAUCCAUCCGCAAAUUCUCUUCUCUCAUCCACAGGGCCGAUCUAGAUGCCAAUGCAUUCCCCUUCUUAUAUGGGACUCCGAGGUGUAAAGCCAGAGCUGAGAUCGACAGCCAAACGAUCACCCUUAGCGCUGUUCUCCUUUGCCAGCCAAGUAUCUGCUUUUCCAAAAUGGCUAGUGAUUUUUGGGGUGGCUAGCUCGAGAUUCCACACAAAUAUCUGGCUUCCAGGGGGCAGAUAGUCAGUAUUUCCUGAAAGUCAGGUCCCUUUCAGGUGUCAGUAUGGGCACCCCAGAAAUAGCAGUGUCUGAAGAAUCAAGGCUGUUCUUUCCUCAAGUCUGCUUCAAUAACUUUUUGCCUUGAGCUCAAAUCUAUCUCCUGGUGACUGUCAGAAGAAGGCCUCAACAUCUCAUGAGAUUGAACCGCCGAACCUUGGCUGUUGGAAAUCUUCCUGGCUUUGAUUGGAACCUGCUUUGCCUCUGCCAUCAUAUCGCCGUGCUGUCAGUCUGGCAGCGGCUGUCUCUGUCCCCCGGAGAGUUCUUAGCAAAUGGAAUUGAAUUGGGUAAAAGUUCAUCUGAGAUGGGCAGUGGGAGAAUCUUGGAGUAAAUCCAGAGUGACUGCACUGGGUUCUGCAGGACUAUGGCCAAAUUUUGAUCCCAGUUACACUAGCCUGAACCUGGAGAGACUCCAUUAAAGUCACUCCAGAUUUCCUCUGGUGUAACCAACUUUUGUUGGAAUCAGUAGAAUCGAUUGCAGAUUCUCGCUGGCAUCAACAGAUUCAAUCUGCCCGUUCCUGUAGAGCGACAUUUAUGACCAAUUUAUUUUUCGCUGAAUCGUAACUGAGUGUCUAUCUUGUCCAAAUUCCGCACCAUGCACAGUGAAGACAUCUAAACUGGCAGUUUCCUCUGUGUAUUGUUUAAAUCAACUUUAAUACAGUGCACAACUUUUCCUCCCAGUGAGAUCAUCUUGGACAUCUGGGUGCGUAGGAGACUAGAAGGAAAGGCCUCUUUUUAAAACGUUACACUCAAGCUCCAAUGAAACUCAUGUCCCUGAUGUGUCCCCUCUUUCAAGUGCGCCCUAAGCCAGAAAGAAAUCUCCGUAGCGCCUGCGAUACGGGGCAUUUAACAUGUGCCUAACAACUCAGAACUCCUCCAUUUUGAAGCUGGUUUACAGACUUUUAAAUCCGCCAGCUCCUUAUUUGGUUUUUUUUAACUGUUUCUGUCUGCAGUGGUUUGUAACUUGUCUCAUUUUCUCAGCACUGAUUUUAAUCUCUGGGCUCGCUUCUAGCUUUUGGUGUCGAAGCAAACGUUUUUGCCACUCCAGCUCUGCAAAGGUGUGGGGAGAAUGGCGACCUCCUGUCAGCUCAGAAAGCAAGAUUUCAGGCCCUUGCUCUGGGGUGUGCAUAUUAGUCAAGGCUUUUAGGUGAGUCUCUCAAACUUUCUGAAGCUCCCGUGGUCACUUCGAGACGCACAGGAUUUAGAGACAGGUCCAGAUUCUCAACGUUAUAUAGACAUCUGACUUUGGUGGGUGUGGGCCAGAACUCCUGUGUCUCGUUGGAUCUCAGCGAUCCCUGGAUCUUUCCAAAGCAGACCACGAGAUUGAGAUUCAGUGAUAAAUGGGAGUCGGGUUUCUAAAUCGCCCUGGUUGGAAAGGCACCCCGGCGAUGAGGAGUAGGCUUUUGAAAAAUCACAGCUUCACUGUUUGCUCCACAGCUCAUCCAGGAGGGAGAAAAUCAAUUUCAAACCCCAUCUACUAUGAGGAAUAUCUGCCCAUUCCGAUCUGUGACGGGCAUGAAUCACCCUGCCAUCUGAUUUUUUUCUUUUUCUUUAGUCAACACCUCUUCUUGAUUUAAUUCUAAGCCACAAACUCUUCCCCGCUUAACUCCCCAAACAUCCCCUAUGAAUGGUAAGCGAUGCCAGCCCAUCUGACGGACUUUGAUUUAAGAGUCAGCCAGGCCUGUGUCUUGUCUCCAUCCCAGUUUGUCAAAGACCUUGUCCGUUUCCGUUGGAACUCACCAACCUUGCGUUCAGCAAUCACAUUAAGUAGGUCUCUUAAACAGCUGCCUGUUGUCUGAGAUUUCUUUCCCAUCUGCCUUUGAGGGUUUGGCUCUCUUGGGUAUGAGAGGCUUUGGGAUCUCUCUUCUCCCGUCUCAGCUGAACCGUCGCUUUCUUGGAAGUAAACCCCAAAGAAGGAAUCCUCCUCCCGGGGGGGGCACAGAGAGUAGCCAGAACUAGGCAUGGAUGCAAAGCAGUUUCCAGUGAUCUCUGUCCAAGCUUCUGAGCCAAGAGAAACCAGAUCAGAAACUCAGAUGGGAGAAGAGAUCACCCUCUACCUCGGUAUCGGACAAAACCCCACUCAGAACCGACUCCCAGCGCUCUAGGGUAGGUCAAAAAACACUCCCGGAAAGGUUCUCCCUCUCUCGAUGUGUGUUGGGCUCAGAGAGCGAAGAAAACACACAUUCCCCUACCCCUCCUUCACCAAAGUAGGAGCGAUCUCCCUCCGCUCUCUUUAAUUUACUGUCCUCGGUUUCCUACUGUACAUAUGUUAAUACGUUGUGGAUUCAAUACUUGGUGCCGGACAAGCACAUUUUUAUAAAUGUCAUUAAACUUUUAUUGUAAAAAAAAAAA